UUGUAGUCAACUUCCGUCUUGCUGGGGUACAUAUUUUUGCAGUAAGUUGUUUGUGAAGGUCAUUUGUUUUUGGUACUAUGUCAGCAGCUAUUAUGUCUGACAAAGAAAUGGAGCUGAAGACUGCCCCCUUUGAUGCUCGAUUUCCCAACCAGAACCAAACGAGGAAUUGUUGGCAGAAUUAUGUGGAUUUCCAUAGGUGUCAUAAAAUAAAGGGUGAAGAUUACACUCCAUGUGAUUACUUCAAGCGAGUUUACAAAUCGCUUUGUCCAAAUGCUUGGAUUGAACAUUGGGACGAACAGAGGGAAAACGGCAUCUUUCCUGGGAAAAUAUGAUUCUUCAUUUUAGUUUUAUUCAUGUUGUGUGCAAAAAACCUUCAUGAACAUAAUGGUAGCUUUGUGCAGAGUUUUAAAAUCAGAUAUUUAGACUGCAGAUGUACAAAUUGAAAGCAAAUUCCAGCUUUGCUCAUUAUUUUAGCGUUACUGAAGAAAUCACAUGUAAAUAUUCUGGCGUGUUGCAGUGUGUUUGUUGCCACACUAUAUUCUGAAAAGUCAUUAAAUUAAAUGAGGCGAAUACAUCAAGAA